GCCAUCCAUGUCUCCCACUUUACACUGUCUCCAUACUUAGCAGUUAUUAUUGUCGCCAACUUUUCCUUCCUCCCUAGUACUACCAUGGGGAAGGAACCGAAUCCAUAGCAAGGAACCGUCCUAUCUCUCGUGUGAACAUCACGAGAGACAGAAGAAAGGAAGCUAGCAGCCGUACUACACAUCGCAUCUUGCUCUCUGAAACCCAACGAAGAAUUACAAAAUACCCGUAGUAGCACACGGCAAGCGAGGAGUAGGCUGUGACAGUAGAGUACACAGUGUGUGUGUGGGUGCACUGCCCCCAUCUCCAUAUCCAUAUCAGACCAUCACUCAAUCCCUCCUCUGCUUUCUCAACAAUACAGCACAGCAGCGAGAGCCUUGUACUAGUUGGUUGCGAGUCGAAUCCAUCUCCCUCUGCCCAAGGUUCUAUUUUCCCUGGGAAAUCCCUCUUCUUGCAAGCUUCGACAAUAUGCAGGAGCGCCAGAAAUUUGCUAUUUUUCCCAGCAGACUUCUUCCGGCCGUAACUUCAAACGCUUGACUCUGUUGGCAGUUGAUCGACAAUGGGAUUCAGGAGACCAAGAUUUGCUGGGUUUGGUGAGGAUGGUGGUGGGAGAGGGGGUCAGGCCGGCAGAGGUGGCCGGGGUGGCUUCUAUUCUCAGCAAUACCAGCACGGUGGCCGUGGAGCAGGCUCCUACCACCACCACCCUCAGGGAGCUGCGCAUCAACCACGCGGUGCGAUGCCUGCGAUGCAGCAAUGGCGUCCAGCCGGUCCUGCUGCACAGUGUUUGGGCCACAGAGAAGUGCAGCCACGAAACCACAAUGGUGGUGGCGGUCGAGGUGGACAUGUGGGGGAUAGCCCGUCUGCAGCAAUAGCUCCCGACAUCUCGGCCUCACCAGAGGCAUCAUCACCACUUCUUGAGGUGGUCACCGAGCAGCUCGAGGUCUUGCCCAUGGAGGGUGGUGAAUUGAGUGCGGGCCACGAGCCAAUUCCAUUGACCAGGAACUCGUAUAAAUUUCCUCGCCGCCCGGGAAGUGGAAGAAUCGGUAUCAAGUGCUUGGUGAAGGCAAAUCACUUCCUUGCUCAACUGCCAGACAAGGAUCUUCAUCAGUAUGAUGUGCGUUACCCUCACAGCAGCAUUGUUCUCCUUGUAAUUAACAGCUACAUGUCUUCAGUUCUUGCCGUGACAUGGUUUCGUUCGCAGGUUUCCAUCACCCCGGAGAUCACCUCACGGGUUGUCGGCCGUGCCGUGAUGCAAGAGUUGGUGAAGCUGCACAAGGUGUCUUACUUGGGAGGGCGGCUUCCAGCCUAUGAUGGCAGGAAGAGCAUGUACACGGCUGGUCCGCUGCCACUUACUUCCAAAGAGUUUCACAUCACUUUGCUCGACAAAGAUGAUGGUUCCGGUUUGGAGAGGCGUGGGAGAACUUUUAAGGUGGUGAUUAGGUUUGCCGCUAGAGUUGAUCUUCAUCGCCUUGAGCAAUAUAUAGCUGGAAAGCAGGCAGAGGCUCCCCAAGAGGCCCUGCAAGUUCUUGAUAUCGUCCUGCGUGAGCUGCCAACAGCUAGAUACGAACCAUGUGGUCGAUCCUUCUUCUCGCCUGACCUGGGAAGGAGGCGAUCCCUUGGUGACGGAAUAGAAAGCUGGCGCGGGUUUUAUCAGACAAUUCGUCCUACUCAAAUGGGAUUGUCACUAAAUAUCAAUAUGUCGGCAACAUCUUUCUUCGAGCCGCUACCUGUCAUUGAUUUUGUUGCACAACUUUUAAACACUGCUAUCCACUCGAGGUCCCUCUCAGAUGCGGAACGUGUCAAGAUCAAGAAGGCCUUAAGAGGAGUGAAGGUGGAAGUUACUCACCGUGGCAACAUACGGCGGACGUAUCGGAUAUCUGGUUUAACAUCUCAGGCAACUCGGGAGCUAAGUUUUCCUGUCGAUCAAGGGGGCACAGUGAAGUCUAUUGUCCAAUACUUUAAUGAGACAUAUGGCUUUUCCAUCAAGCACACCUACCUUCCCUGUCUGCAAGUCGGCAAUCAGCGGCGUCCAAAUUACCUCCCCAUGGAGGUCUGCAAAAUAGUGGAGGGACAGAGAUACUCCAAGAGACUGAACCAGGGUCAGAUAAGAGCUCUUUUAGAGGAGACAUGUCAGCGCCCACAUGAUCGGGAGCGUGACAUAAUUCAGAUGGUGAAUCGAAACUCUUACCAUGACGAUCCUUAUGCAAAAGAGUUUGGCAUUAAGAUCAGUGAACGACUGGCAUUGGUUGAAGCACGGGUUUUACCUGCUCCUCGGCUAAAGUACAGCGAGACUGGUAGAGAGAAGGAUUGCUUGCCUAGAGUUGGCCAGUGGAAUAUGAUGAACAAGAAAAUGGUCAACGGUGGUAGAGUCAGGAGCUGGCUGUGUGUCAAUUUCGCUAGAAACGUGCAAGACAGUGUUGCUACUGGAUUCUGUCGCGAACUUGCUCGCAUGUGCCAAGCCUCAGGAAUGGACUUUGCUUUGGAGCCUGUUCUUCCAGCUAUAUAUGUGCGUCCGGAUCAAGUGCAGCGAGCUUUGAAAGCUAGGUUCCAUGAUGCAAUGACCAUACUUGGACCAGAGCGCAAGGAACUCGAAUUGCUUAUUGGAAUUCUUCCUGAAAACAAUGGCUCACUUUAUGGUGACUUGAAGCGUGUCUGUGAAACUGACCUUGGGCUGAUUUCCCAGUGCUGUUUAGCGAAGCAAGUGUUUAAAAUGAACAAACAAAUUCUGGCAAAUCUUUCUCUGAAGAUAAAUGUCAAGGUUGGGGGAAGGAACACUGUACUGGCUGAUGCGGUGUCAAGAUGCAUUCCUUUGGUUACUGACAGGCCUACGAUUAUAUUCGGCGCUGAUGUCACCCAUCCUCAUCCUGGUGAAGACAGCAGCCCUUCCAUUGCUGCAGUCGUGGCCUCUCAAGAUUGGCCUGAGGUGACUAAGUAUGCUGGUUUAGUUUCUGCUCAAGUUCACAGGCAAGAAAUAAUAGAGGAUCUAUAUAAUGUCACUCAUGAUCCUCAGAAAGGAACCAUCCAUGGUGGCAUGAUCAGGGAGCUUCUUAUAUCCUUUAAAAGAUCAACUAGAGAAAAGCCUCAGCGGAUAUUAUUCUAUAGGGAUGGUGUCAGUGAAGGCCAGUUUUACCAAGUUCUACAGCAUGAGCUUGAUGCCAUCCGAAAGGCAUGUGCAUCACUGGAACCAAAUUACCAGCCACAGAUUACUUUCAUCGUGGUUCAGAAACGCCACCACACCAGACUAUUUGCAAACAACCACAAUGACCAGAACUCCAUCGACAGGAGCGGCAAUAUCCUUCCUGGUACCGUUGUUGACUCCAAGAUCUGCCACCCUACAGAGUUUGAUUUCUUUCUGUGUAGCCAUGCCGGCAUCAAGGGCACGAGCCGUCCUGCGCAUUACCAUGUCCUAUGGGAUGAGAACAACUUCACUGCUGAUGCACUGCAGACCCUUACCAACAACCUCUGCUACACUUACGCAAGGUGCACACGGUCGGUAUCUAUCGUUCCUCCGGCAUACUAUGCUCACCUGGCCGCUUUCCGUGCCCGUUUCUACAUGGAGCCGGAUAGCUCCGACAACGGCUCGAUCGCGAGCGCGUGCGGUGGAGGCCAGUCCGGCUCGUCGACGUCCCGCAGCACCCGGGCCGCCGGCGGUGGGGUCGUCAGGCCCCUCCCCGCACUUAAGGACAGCGUGAAGAGGGUCAUGUUCUACUGCUGAUGUUGCUGUAGAAUCAUCUACUGCAGUCCUAAUAAGGAUGCUUCAAUGGCUCAUUGGCACCUUGAGUGAUUGUUAAUCACCGGAAGAAUACAGUAAUGAUGUUGUACUAAUCUAAUUAAGUAUGUGUCCUGUUGUGCCUCUAUGCUAAACCAGGUUUCAUUAGGUACAAUAUUCUAUUUUUGUGUGUGUUUAUUCAGACUGUAUAAUAGGCUGUGCCAUGGAGGCUACACUGAACUUGCCUCCCUGUUUGUACUCUUUUCAUAUGGAUCUUUUCCAGAAUUAUUAUUAUUUCCAUCUUGAUC